AUGGCUCAUACCGAAGUUCACUCGUCCCCAUUUCAGGCCAGGAAUAGCCCCAGAUUCAGGAGAAAUGACGAUAGUCCAUCAAGGCAACUUCAAUUUGAACUUCAGCGUGCCUUCAGUCAAAUUGAUCUCCAGGAAGAUGAACGGCAGAGGCUCCAUGCUUAUCAACGAAGACAACAUCAGGAGGAGCUUAAUGCGAGAGAACUUGCUCAAGCAGAGGUCCAUCGAGCAGAAUUGAAAGUAGCAAACGCUCAACAUGAGAUUGUGCGGCGGCAAGCCGAGGCUGCUCUCCAGGUGUAUAUCAAGCAAGAGGAGGAGGAGCGCCAAAGGCGGGAGGAAGAACGGAAACGGUUAGAAGAAGAGGAGAAAAGAAAGCGCGAAGAAGAGCUGGCACGAAGGAGAGCUGAGCAAGAGCGCAAGGCCCGUGAGGAAAAGGAACGUCGAGAGAAGGAAGAGCGGGCCAGAGCUGAAGCUGAACGAUUGGCCAUCUACGAAAAGCAAAAGGCCGCGGCAGAAGAAAGGCAACGGAAGGAAAGAGAAGCUGAGGAACUGAGGCAACGAGAAGAGAAGGCGAAGGCAGAUCAAGAAGCUGCUCUCAGGCAACAAGAAGCCGAGAAAGCCGCCGUGGCCGCCAAAGUUCCCAUCUCAACCUCGACAAGGCCGAGUCGACAAUCCACAGACGCGGCCCCGAGCUGGUCGUCAGAUCCAGAGGUACGACACAUGCAGUAUCUUGUACUCCACCGAAAACUCAAGGAAUUCCGAGGAGACUUCUGGGAAAAGGCCAAGAAGGAUCCCACCUUGAAACCACAGGUAGGCGACAUGAGACGAGCGAUGCGGACGAGUGUCGGGCAGUUAACCGAUGACAAAGCUGGCAACAAAAAGGCCCACGAACGAGUAAGAUCCACCCUACAGAGAGCACUCAGGGAAAUCCCUUCUCCACCAGUUUCCGUUAGCGAAUAUCUUCCUCCACACCUCUCGCUCCUGGACAAGGAGACGACCACCGUUCCAUCCUUGGUUCUAUACCUCCUCUCUGUGUUCAGCAAAGCCGUCAUAAAUGCAUUCGUUGGGGAAUGCGCCGUUAAUACGAAAGCCGCUGAACCCAUUGGUACACUUGUGGCACAAAUCUUUUCGAUGCCGGAACUGCAGUUUCCCCGAAAUGUCCCGUCCGUCAACUCUGGUCUUCAUUACGACAAAUUUGGUGGAACAGCACCUACUCCCCCUAUGAAACCGGCAAGUGUUUCUCUUAUCUCAGUACUAAUGUGUAAAUUCCACGCCACCGCCCCUAUUCUCUUUGGCGUAUACGGUCCAGAAUCCACGUCUGCCGGGAAACUUCGUCUGGGUUGGCGGCUGGAUAAGAUAUCGGAUGACAAGAAAGCUUUUGUCACGGAGAACAAGCAUUACGACCGGUUGACAGGGUUAGGGGCGGGAUAUGCGUCUAUUGCUUUACGGAACUUUUCAAUGGCAAAAGCCAAAAAUCCCUGGCCGCCGGUGAAUUAUUGGUCAAGCCUUGCCCACAUCACCAACACACCCCCUACGGAAGUUCAGACCAGUCAUCUGAUCUUGCUCAAGUCGAUGUUGGAGAACAACGCCAUGGAUCGAUUUGUUCUUUUCUACGGUGUUGCUGGUAUUGCAGCAUUGCGGCAAGCGGCGAUUGAAUUUCCCAAAACACUCCCCAGACAAUUGCAAGAAAGGCCCGUGACCAAAGCACUGGCGUUGAUGAUUGAAGGAUGGAAGACUGAGAAGCAUUUCAUUCUUGAUUAG